AUGGCAGGCGGAGGGCACUACUCGCCCGUGAAGGUGGAUCCCGCCAUCGAGCGAUGGGGCUUCAUGAGACAGACUGUUUACGAGCGUUUCAGAUUGACGCCUAGGAACACUUGGAUCGUGCUCGUCCUUGGAGCUCUGAUCCCUUAUGGAACUUUCAAGCUGGCGCAGGCCACCGAUUUGAACCAAGGUCGCUGGAAGAUGGAUGUGACGGAAGGGCGAUGA